UGUAGGUGCUUUUUUUCACGGUUACGCAGGGGUAGUUAUUGGUCCAGUGUUAAUCAUAGGGAUCGCUACCAUGUGGUCAAAUCUCAAACAAAAAAUUUCCGAUGAACUUUCUGCACGUGUCAUUAAAAUUCUCAUCGAUCUUGGUAUACUAAAUAAUAUACCGGGAAAGAGGUCACUUCAUGACCAGAUCUCUACUGAACUUAAUGAUAAAUUUGACACAUGUAUUUCCGAUAUUAAUUCUAUUUUCACUGAGAAGCUCGACAGAAUCAAUAAUGAUCUUAAUAAUAAACUUACCGCGAAAGCCGAAAAAAACAAGGCACGUGAUGAUGACUUCACUAAGGAGAUGCAGAAAAUCUUUUCAAUGAUCAGUACUGUUACCGAAAGGCUUGAUAGGAUCGAAGAAGCCUGUCAUAAUGAUUUUGGAAACAUUUCGUCCGAAUUUACAUCAAUCAAAGCUUCUAUUGAAAUUCUUCAAAAUGAUUUGGCCCAACGUUAUGCGGUUGUCUGA